CCCUGCACCGAGUUUGUAGCGGCGCACGGGCCAUUUCUUGUGGUAGGGUUUUCCGCCCUGUACCCAUUUUGCGAAUCCACACCAGUCAGAUUUUGUUAGGGCCUGGCGAGCAGGAAAGGCUGUUGUUCCCUUCCAACGACCCGAAGACUCGUCGCUGUCAAAGGAAUCGUCGCCCCAUCGCCCAUUUGACUCGACAAACGAUCUUUUCGCCAUGUCUUCCGGCAAGGUCAAGACGGGCCAAUUAUGGUCCAAGAGCAAGGACGAGCUCAUCAAGCAACUUGGCGAGCUGAAGACGGAGCUGAGCCAGCUGCGCAUUCAGAAAAUCGUCUCCUCGGGCACCAAGCUCACCAAGAUCCACGAUCUUCGCAAGUCGAUCGCCCGCGUUCUCACGGUCAUCAACGCCAAGCAACGGGCGCAGCUCCGCCUGUUCUACAAGGGCAAGAAGUACCUGCCGCUUGACCUCCGGCCCAAGCAGACUCGCGCCAUCCGCCGCCGCCUGUCCCCCGAGGACGCCUCGAGAGUUCUGGAGAAGACCAAGAAGCGCCAAACGCACUUCCCUCAGCGGAAGUUCGCUGUCAAGGCUGCGUAGAGGCGUUUUUCAUGGGUCAAGCGAGGGAUCUAUUUACGGCACAUCCGGCGUGGGUUUUAAAACUUUGGCACUCGACACAUUGCAUCAUCCCAGGGAAUCUGCUUUGGGGGUUUGAGGG